CCCAUAGCUCUCGCUAUGGGGGAUCUACUUUUUUUUUUUUUAUAUAACAGCCAGGAGGAGCUACACUGCAGAUUAGAUAUCCAGGGACAUUUAAUAAAUGUGUAUGUGACACUUCACGUCAACUUCCUGUGGGUGCACGACCGAACUCUGUUGGGCCUGUCCUGUAACAAACUAGAGAUGAGAAAGGCCAGAGCGAGUGGUGAUGAUGAGACUCCCCGGCAGAAUGGGUCCAGCAGCCGGAGGAGAUCCGACCAACAGCCGGUUGAUGGAGAGGACCAUGACUCGAGUUCCGGUGGUCAGCAAGACGAUGACGAUGACAACGAUCAGGGCCUCAGGAGAGAAAUCCGGAGCAAAUACAGGGACCUCAUCAACUCAGUCCAGCAAAACAGGGAAGAUAUGCUGAGUCCCUCCAACAACAAGCUCACAGAAGUCUUAGAAGAGGCAAACAAACUUUUUAAAGAUGUUCGACAGGCGAGAGAAGCGGCGCUCGAUGCUCAGCUUCUUGUUGUGGCUACAGACUUGGGAAAAGAAAAAGCCAGCCAGCUGUUUUCUGAGGGAAGCGCUUUUGAUCCCACUGCUUUUGCUGAACAUCUGUUGUCCUUCAUGGGUCUCAACCGGCUAGAGGACGAGGACGAUGAGCCGCUGAACGGAGGUGUCGGUGAUGGCUACCUCCCCAGAGACGCCUGGCACAAGCUGGCCAGGAGGGCAGAGUGCUGUUUCAUGACAGCUCCUUCUUUCCACUACAUGAUGGGAUCCUUCCACGCGGAGCCGCCUGCUCCGAAGCAGAGAGUGGAACGGCAAAGGAAAGCACCCAGCAAGGAAACCAAGAGAAUAAUGCCCACUCAGCUAAAGAAAAUGGACGAAUCUCAUCAAGAAGCGACAGAGAAAGAGGUUGAAAGAAUCCUGGGAUAUCUGAAGAGUUAUUACCAAGAUGACUCAUCACCAAUAUCAUAUUAUGAAUUUGUCAUUGACCCCAACUCGUUUUCCCGGACAGUGGAGAAUAUUUUCCACACGUCUUUUCUCAUCAGGGAUGGUUUGGCACGGCUGUAUUUGGAUACUGACAAGUUACCUUGUAUAGAGCCUGUGGAAGAGGCAGAGGUGGAGGCUGCAGGUUCAUUCAGCCGCAAACAGUGCAUUGUUUCUAUCAGCCCGAAGAUAUGGAGGGAGCUAAUAAAUGUUUUUGAAAUCAAAGAGACAAUAAUUCAGGCACCAGAGACACAGAACGAGUGACGACGCUUCCUUCUUUCUUACAAUUUUUAAAAAUGCCAGUUUUUUGUUUUUUUUUAUACCUGUUUGGUCCAAACACAUUUGUUAGGAUUUCAUGUGACCAAAUAGUCUGUGAAGGUUUUUCUGUGCAUUGUUUUUUAUUCAUGGAGAAAAAUAAAUAGCUUUAACCUUUUUACAAAUUAUAUUUGUGCCAUGAGGGAAGUCAAAUGUGACAUGAUAUUUUUUAUAGCUGUGAUAAUAUAAUGACAAGGCAGUCUGAAAAGUCACCUUCAUAAAUAUUAACCUAUUGACAAAAACACCCAAAUCAAAGAUUUUCUGAUCUUUAAAGGUAUUUAAACAAAGACCUGAUAAAAUGUUACUUCCUGAA